AGUUAGAAGGAUAUUGAACAAGCAAAGCCCCCAAGUAUAGUUAUUAAGAAUACAAAAUCGUAUGAGCUCUUUGGAGGUCAGUCUGAAAAUUUCACACACAUUUAAUUUACUCUUACCAUAUGAUCAAGCAACCCACUAUGAAAUAUUUACCCAAGUGAAAUACAAAUUUCUCUUCACAGAAAAACCCGCAUAUUCAUAUUUAUGGCAGCUUUAUUUCACAGUUACCCAAACCUUGAAACAAUGCAAAUGUUUGUCGGCUGGGAAAUGUACAUGAAAGGUGGUCCACGGGAACAGCAUAGCCUGGGACUGGAAUCCCAGGGAACAGGUUACCGGCACAUACCUGUCACCGUCCGUGCGACCCACCUCCAGAGUGAAGACAGCAUCAACCACCACACCAGAGGAGGAGGUAGAAAACCACGUGAGCUGAACCAAGCAGUAAAUUUACCUGUAUAAUCCCCGGAUGUCGUCGGAAUACAUUACGUGUUUUGAGGACAUACUGAAACUCACCCCAGUCCACACCGCACCAGUGACACUGCACUGGCUCAAGGCACGUGGUCUCUCUUGUAACUCAUAAGGACACGCCUGUUUGUUACUCUGGAAAUGUUAGUCAUACUUUGCAAAGUAUGUACAGUACUUGUACAGUGUACAAGUACUAGGAAAAGAACUCCUUGCUAGGGUUUUGUAAUUGUACCAAACACACGAGCGUGACAUGGGCCGAGCUCUGGAACCUGCAGCUCUGAGGCCCAGCAGCUUUGCAUCUGAUGCAGCUCGAGGCCCCUACAUGGGGGCAUCUCAGCUUCAGGACCAGGCCAUUCUUAUCUUCUUGUCUCUACUUAAGAAGAGAGCUCUCCUCAGGUUUGCUGAGUGAAAGAAAGACUGGCUGUUAUCUGCACUUCACCUGGGACCUGCAUCCUUCUCUCGCAGACACACAGACCAGACAGAACCCUUCUCUCUGCGGGAUCCCUCUAACGCAGCACACAGCAAGGUCGUGAGUCUGUGGGGUAGGCGGGAGUUAGGCAGCCUAACCCUCACUCAUGACAGUGCCUCACGUGUCCCAGCGUCCUGGAAUAAACCCGUUACUCAAACAAGCUUCCGAGAUAUGGGGUCAGAACAUAGCCUCUGCUCCUGCCUGCCCUCUGGGUGGGUCCCCCAGCUUUCCAUCCAUUCUCUGAGGAGGGGCAGCUUCCAAUGGGUGUGGGUCUGAGUUCCUCUUCUGUGAACCACCCAGCUCUCUUGCUCCACCCCAGCUUCUGCACUUCCCCUCCACACGCUCCCUUCUCUGCUCACACACAGGAGCCAGGACCUCCAGCUCUGAGAUGCUGCUGCCCCUGCUGCUGCUGUGGGUGCCGGGAGAAGGGCAGGGGGCUCUGCAAAUUGCGGGGCCUCAUUUACCCUCAGGGUGCUCAUUUAAGAGUCUGAAAUACAGGCUGCAAGUGCCAGAAUCAGUGACCGUACAGGAGGGCCAGUGUGUCCUUGUGCCCUGCAGAUUCCCUGACUCUCCAUUGAGCUCCAGCACUGUCUCUGUCUCUGGCUACUGGUUUCGAGAAGGGGCCAAUAUAAAUCACGACGACCCAGUGGCCACAAACGACCCUCAAAGACAAGUGCAAGAGAGGACUCGGGGCCGGUUCCACCUCCUUCUGGAUCCACAGACCAAGAACUGCUCCCUGCACAUCAGAGAUGCACAGAAGCGUGACAAGGGUUCCUACUUCUUUCGGGUGGACUUGGGAAGUCUGAAGUGGAAGUACUGUGCAGACCAGGUCUCUGUGGAAGUGACAGCAAUGACUCACACUCCUGACAUCCUCAUCCCCUGGACCCUGGUGCCCGGCCACCCCAGGAACCUGACCUGCUCUGUGCCUUGGGCCUGUGAGCGUGGGACGCCCCCCAUCUUCUCCUGGACGUCAGCUGCCCUCACCUCCCUGGGCCCCAGGACCACCCACUCCUCUGUGCUCACCCUGAGCCCUCGGCCCCAGGACCACGGCACCAACCUCACCUGUCAGGUGAUGUUCCCUGCAGCUGGUGUGACCGUGGAGAGGACCGUGCAGCUCAAUGUCACCGGGGAAUCCAGGCUUCCUCACUUUCUGGCAGGGGAGCCUAUGGCAGAGGUGGUGCUGCUGGCCAUCCUGGAGGGAGCUGUGAAGAUCCUGCUUCUUGGGCUAUGUCUCAUCUUCCUUAGAGUGAAGGCCCAGAGAAAGAAGGUGUAAAGUCCAGCAGCAGACAUCGACAGUGUCACAGAUUCGUCUCUGGAGCCACCCUGCGAUCUUAUGAGCCCCCAUGUGUCCCGAGCCUUGUCUCCAUCCAUCUUUCUCUGCACUCCACGUC